AUGGAUUUCGGCUGCCGUCCUCUCCUCCUGGGUCUUCUUCUUCUUCUUCCUCUUCUGGGGUGCUCUGCGGUCGGAGCCGAUAGCCCCUUCUCCCCCAGAGCAAGCUUGAUCCGGCAGUGGAGGCGGCUCUUCGGGUCCGAGCAGAUGCCCAGCAUCCUCCUGGACAAGGCCUCCCCGCUGAACGCCACCCAGGUAGCCGUCUUCUCCCGCUACAUUGUCGACGGCACCCUCCCCAGCCACCUCCGCGCCUUCUGCUCCGCCGCCAAGCUCCUAUGUGACGUCAAGACACCGGCCAACGUCACCAGCGACGUCUCUGGCGACGCUGAUUUCGAGAGCUACAGCAACAAGGACUUCCGGCGAUACCAGAAGGGCACCGUCUUCGGCAGCGACAACUUCAAGAACUACUCCGUCGACGAGAACGUCGCCCGGGACACCUUCGUCCGCUAUGGCAAGGACGGUUCCGGGACCGAGCAGUUCACUAACUACGCCCUCAGCACCAACGUCGCAGGCUCCGGCUUCACCAGCUACGACGACAACAGCAACGCCGGCAGCGGGAUCUUCCGGAGCUACGGCAUGCAGAGUAACGUCCAAGGCCACGACUUCGCCGCCUACGGCACCGGCAGCAGCGGUGUCCUCCACACCUUCGCCUCCUACUCCGAGGACUCGAAUGUCGUCAAGAACGACUUUAAGGACUACGGCAAGGACACCAACGCCAUGUCUAGCACUUUCACGGGCUACUCGGGGAACUCAAACGUGAACAAAAACGAGUUUAAGGGCUACGGAAAGGACGGCAACGGCAUGUCCAGCACGUUCACCAGCUACUCCAAUAACUCCAACGUCGGCACCAGUACCUUCAAGGGCUACAGCGCCGGCGGCAACGGUGGCACCGGCAUGUUCCAGAGCUACGGCGAGUCGGAGAAUAUCGCCCGCAGCGACUUCCUCUCCUACGGCAACGAUGGCAACGGCGACUUCAACCAGUUCAGCUCGUACGGCGAGCAGGCGAGCCAGUCGGACAACUCCUUCCGCUCCUACGCCAAGGGCAACAACGCCCCAUUCGAGGACUUCUCCAACUACGGCAACUCUACCACCUCCUCGAAGAACGAGUUCGUCGAGUACAAUAAGGACGCCGGCGGCGUCGACCCCUUCCUCCGCUUCACAACCUACGUCGGCAACCAGACUUCCUUCAAGCAGUACUUCCGCACGCCGGGAACCUUCAUCGACUACUUCAACAGCAGCCAGGCUUCGGCGGCUGCCAACGUGGAACCGGGGAAGUUCUUCCGGCGGACGAACCUCGCCGAGGGGAAGAGAAUUCCCAUGCCGGAUAUCCGCGACAAGAUGCCGCCGCGUUCGUUCCUCCCUCGGGCACUCGCCGAGAGGCUGCCGUUCGGGUCAGCGCGGUUGCCGGAGCUCGUCCGCCUGCUUGGCGCCGCCGACCUGCAGGGGUCGAUGGCGAAGACUGUGGCGGAGUGCGAGCGCCCGGCGGUGAAGGACGAGACGAAGAGAUGCCCGACGUCGCUGGAGGCGAUGGCGGAGUUCGCCGCCUCCGUGCUGGGGAAGUCGGCGGCGGUGUCGACCACGGCGAGCACCGCCGGGUGGGGGAAGACGCUGGUGGUGGGGAAGGUAGCGCCCCGCCGGGGGGGCGGAGAGACGGCGGCGGUGUCGUGCCACCAGAGCCUGUUCCCGUACCUGGUCUACUACUGCCACGCGGUACCCAGGGUGGCCGUCUACGACGUAGAGCUCAAGGAGGACGCCGGCGGCGAGGCGGUGAACCACGGGGUGGCGAUAUGCCACCUCGACACGACCCAGUGGAGCGCCGGGCACGCGGCGUUCGUGGCGCUGGGUCCGGCGCCGGGGAAAAUCGAGGUCUGCCACUGGAUCUUCGAGAACGAUCUCAUCUGGGUGGCCCGCGACGGGUGA